AUGCGGCCAUGGUUCCUUCUACUCCUGCCAGUCGUUCAGGCUGCUCUCGUAAACAAAACGAUCGACGAUGAGGCAGGUCCGGAUCCGUCGACAGGCGUUGCUCCCAUUACAUUCUUGCCUAUAGCAGGAUGGACUCAAGGAGCCACUUGCGAUGGCUGUGUCGCGACGUUAGACAAAGCGCUGGUGUUCAACCAUACUUGGCACGAUACUACCCAUUUUCCAGGUGAUGCUGAGCAGCGCACGGUGACAGUUUCCUUCACUGGAACUGCUGUAUACGCUUAUGCAGUCCUGUCAUAUGUUCUCACCAAUCUGACGUUCAAUAUCGAUGGAUCUGAUGUGGGGAAUUUCGUCUACGUUCCGCCUGCAACUUUUGGAGGCUAUCAAUAUGACCACCCCAUAUUUUCCAAGGAUGGGUUGAAGAACGGAUCUCAUCAGUUGGUUAUGAGCACUACAGGCAAUACCAAUCAGACAAUAUUUCUCUUUGAUUACUUGGUCUACACAGUUGACACGGAUCCUGCCACGAGCUCUGCCACUUCUACCUCUUCGACUGCGUCCGUCCAACCUUUAAGCUCGACCCCUGCACCCUCAGUAGACCAUUCCAAAAAGACCACGUCCGUCGGCCCUAUCGUGGGUGGUGUUGUCGGCGGCUUAGCCGUCGUCGGCGUUGUCGCCGCCCUCCUAUUGUUCUGUUUACGACGACGCAUGUCACCCCAUGUCUACGUCCACGAUGACUCCAAGAUGCAGAUCGAGCCACUCACGCACAAUCUUCUACCACCCUCUCCAUUACCUUCGGACUCUGGUGGGAACACUUCGUACCCGUACCGAAGCCUGCCGGUAACAUCAUACACGGCACACGAUCCGAACCUUGGUGCCACAGACUCGUCAAGUUCUAGCACCAUAUCCGCAGGAAAUGCGACGAUGCAAGCGCGAGCCGCUGCCGUUCGACUGGAGGCGAAACAUCCACGAUCGAAUCCCGGACACACGCAACAGAUAUCAGACGUCACAUUCCCAACAUCAUCCACACCUACGUCUACACAGGCACGUACCGCCUUGGGGGAGGCUGAUCUGCGGGCAGACGCCUCGGGAGCUGACACCGAUCUGCGGAACGAGGUAGCGGAAUUGCGCGUUAGGAUGGAGAUCCUCCAAACUCAGCGUACAUGGGCUGCAUUAGACGAGUCGCCUCCGCAAUACGAUGGCUAA